UUUGAGGAACACCAGAUCAAUAUGGGCAACUGCUUGGACCACGUCACAAUGUUGCAAAAGUGGAAGGAGGCUAUGAGAGAGGUUGGAGAAUUGGAUGGAUGGCAUUCCAUGGAGGAUACGUAUGAAGGAACGUUAAUAAAAACAGUUGUUAAAACAGUUGGGAGAACAUUGAACAAGAGACCCUUAAGUGUUGCUAACAACCUAGUUGGAAUCCAACUUCAUAUAAAAGAAAUGUUGAUGUUGUUAGAUAUUAAAUCUAAGGAUCGAAAAAUUGUGGGGAUCCAUGGCCUCGGUGGCAUUGGAAAGACAACGAUCGCUAGGGCUGUCUACUACACAGUCUUUCAUAACUUUGAAAGAUGUAGCUUUAUUGCAAAUGUUCGAGAAACUGCUCAACAUUAUAAUGUACUUGUUCAUUUGCAAAGGCAACUUAUCUUGGAUAUCCUGAAACAAGAAAUAAAGAUAUUGCUAGUGUGGAUGAUGGAAUUAAUGUGAUCCAGCAAAGAUUCUGUGCAACAAAAGUUCUAAUUAUUCUUGAUGAUGUAGAUCGGGAUAUUCAAGUAAAAUCUUUAGUUGGGGACCGCAAAUGGUUUGGUGUUGGAAGUAAAAUCAUUAUCACAAGUAGAGAUAAGCAAAUUUUAUGUGUUCAAGACGCAGCAGAGAUUUACGAGCCCAGAGUAAUGGAUAAAGAUGACUCUCUUCAACUUUUUAGCCAUCAUGCAUUUAGAAGGGACCAACCUCCAGGAGAUUAUUUGGAUCUCUCAGAAGCUAUG